CGAGGAUGUCGCUUACCGAUCUGCGAGCAGCCAUUUGUACAUCGAUGCACACACACUCUCGAGGGUUUUCAGGCUAUUCUUUCUCAGAUUCUUUGGCCAGAGAUGUGAGCAACUGGAUUCGAACCUGAGACCUCCGCGUUUCGACAGCGGCUUACACAUCUCAAGUUGUGCCAGCACCUCUGUCUACGUUUUGUCCGCCGCUGUCAUGAGAUCAGCACUAGGACAGUACCUUUAUGUUAACCCUUAGCGCACCUCGCACUUGCUCCGAUCGCUAUGGAGGACCUUAACCAACCCGCACUAGCCCCCUCAGCAGAAGAUAGCUCGCUGAGCGCCUCUCCCUCCCAGUACGACGAUUACCUUCGACGCUAUGAAUUACUCCUUGAAUUUAAGCAUCUGAACAGCGGCAAAAACUGCCCUCCGGGCAUUUACUUAAAACCAUCUCCGGAUAAUGUGAAUGAAUGGCACGGUGUUGUCUUCAUACAUCGAGGGUACUACAAGGAGGGUGUUUUCAAAUUCAUCAUUCAAAUUCCAAGAACGUACCCACACGAUCCGCCCGCAGUCCUUUUCCUGACCGAUAUGUUCCAUCCGCUCAUUGGUCGGGAUGGCUAUUUCAACUUGGCGCAACAGUUCCCACAAUGGCGACCACGGCGGGACUACAUUUGUCACAUUUUGCAUUAUAUUAAGAACUCUUUCAGAGAAUCGGUGCUGACCAGCCUUCAAGAACAUUCAUGUCGAAAUCCGGAAGCGUACAAAAUGCUUCAUAAUGAGCGAGGGGUGUUUGCCAAAUUGGCAGCUCAAUGUGCUCAGAUCUCAGUUUCGCAGGAUAUUAUCUUUGACAAUGAUGACAUGAGCCACAUACAUUUCUCCCCGCUCACCGACGAGCAAUUUGAGGAUAUCAAAGCUCAGAUGAUUCUGAGUGUGGCUAAGAGUUAGAUGGGGCCGGUUUUGUACGAGGCAAGAAGGAGUGGUUCAGCAGAUUCAAUUUAAUGUAUAAUAUUACAUACUUCAAAGAACGUUCCCCA